UGAUCAUCAAUCACCGUAAGUAAGAUUAAUCCAUAUUUUGAUUAUGAUUUUCUUCCAGCGUACAUUUCCGAACAGACAAGAAGUAGCCGUUAAGAGAUUGUCAAAGGGAUCUUCACAAGGAGAAGUAGAAUUUAGGAAUGAGGUCUUGUUACUAGCCAAGCUUCAGCAUAGGAAUUUGGUUAGGCUCUUGGGUUUCUGCUAUGAACGCGAAGCAAGGCUUCUCAUUUAUGAGUUUUUGCCUAAAUCAAGCCUCAACAACUUCUUAUUUGAUCACAAUCAGCAUGCACAAUUGAGUUGGGGAAGUCGAUUCAAUAUUAUACGGGGCAUAGUUCGAGGACUGAUUUACCUUCACGAAGAAUCUCAACUUCGGAUAAUUCAUCGCGAUCUCAAGCCUAGUAACAUUUUGUUAGAUGCAACAAUGAAUGCGAAAAUUUCAGAUUUUGGCUUGGCGAGGUUGUUUGCAACCGAUCAAACACACGAUGAGACGAGCAAAGUCGCCGGUACACGGGGAUAUUUGGCUCCAGAGUAUCUUCUAAAAAAGACUUUCUCAGCAAAAUCAGAUGUCUAUAGCUUUGGUGUGAUUGUAUUGGAAGUUGUGAGUGGCCAAAAGAACAGUCGUUUCCAUGUUGGGGAUGAUGAUGAUGGGGACCUUACAACUUAUGCAUGGCAAAGCUGGAAUCAGGGGACAGCUUUGAAUCUUAUUGAUCCCAUAUUACGUGGUGAACCAACAAGUGAAAUUAUGCGAUGCAUCCACAUAGGACUACUAUGUGUUCAAGAAGAUAAAGCUAGUAGACCAACCAUGGCUUUAGUUGGUGACAUGCUUACGAACUCCUCUACGACUCUCCCACGGCCUUCUAAACCUGCCUUCUUUAUGCAAAGUACAGUAAACCGAGACCCACCUUCAUCAGUGAAUCAUAAUUUAGAGUCAAUUCAUUCGAAUCAAUCCAAUGCCAAGCCUGAUCAUUCAUCAAGAAACGAGGUCUCAAUCACUGAGCUAGAUCCCCGGUAG